AUGACAUUUGUUGCAGCUAACAGGAUGGAGUGGCUGUUCCAGCGCUGCCACAAAGAGGCUGUUUUGAACUCAGUCUUUCGCUCGGUGCUGCUCAUGUCAUGUUUGUUCCUGGUCCUGACCGUGUCCAUGUAUCCUGUGUUGUGGUCCGUCGGGGUCCAGCUUCAUUCAGUCUUCACAGGGAGCUACGUGCCGGGUCACCAUUCUGUGCUUCUCAUCAACAGCCCCAACGAACAGGCAGCCAAGGACAUUGGCAGAGCAAUCAUGGACAGACGGCUGGCAGCCAGUAUUAACAUUCUCUCCAGGACCUCCACAAU